AUGUUCUUCAAUACUUUGACACCAAAAUUUUAUGUUGCAUUAACGGGUACAUCAUCGUUAAUAUCUGGACUCAUCUUGAUAUUUGAAUGGUGGUAUUUUAAACGAUAUGGCACAUCAUUUAUUGAACAAGUUUCAAUAAAUCAUUUAACACCUAUGUUAGGUGGAACUGAAUCAAAUAAUUCAUCAUUAACAAAUAAUGAAGCGUCAUCUUUAUCUAUACCAUCAUCAUCAACAAUAAAUGGAUCAAAUAGUGGUCAUAAUGGAAAUAAUAAUAUGAAUAACUGUACUUUAUCAAAUGGUACAGAUUCAACAAUACCGGUGACUGGGACUAAUGAAUGUAAAGUAUGGAAAAAUCCAUGUGCAUUAUUUCGUGGAGCUGAAUAUCAACGUUUAAUACAAUAUAAUGGAAAAGAACCAUUAACAUUUCAUGAUAUGAAUUUAUCCGCUCAAGAACAUCAAACUUUUUUUACAUGUGAUUUUGAUGAAGGAAAACCUGAAUAUGAAAUGAUGCAGCGAGCGUGGCGUGAACGAACACCAUCGAUACGCAUUCAAUUUGCUCGUGAUGCUUUAGAAAAAAAUUCCGAAUUUACACCAGCAUUAAUUCUUCUAGCUGAAGAAGAAGCAACAACAAUAAUUGAAGUUGAACGCUUAUUAAAACAAGCAUUAAAAUGUGCUGAAAAUGCAUAUAGAAAAUCACAACAGUUACUUGAGCAGGGUCGUAUACAAGACAUUGUACAUAAACGCAAUACAAAUAUAUUAAUUUAUGUUAAACGACGUUUAGGAAUGUGUGCAAGAAAACUGGGUAAAUUACGUGAAGCAACAAAAAUUUUUCGUGAUCUAGUGAAAGAAUUUCCAAUGAUGUCUGUUUUUAAUAUACAUGAAAAUCUUAUUGAAGUUUUACUGGCACUUCAAAAUUAUCCCGAUGUACAGGGCGUUCUUGCCAAAUAUGAUGAUAUUAGUUUACCAAAAUCAGCGACAAUUUGUUAUACAGCUGCUUUACUUAAAGCUAGAGCGGUUGCUUCCACAUUUUCACCAGACAUAGCUAGUAAACGAGGUUUAACUGCAGCAGAAAUGUCAGCCGUUGAAGCUAUUCAUCGAGCAGUAGAAUUCAAUCCACAUGUACCUAAAUAUUUAUUAGAAAUGAAAAGUUUAAUAUUACCACCUGAACAUAUUCUUAAACGUGGUGAUUCGGAAGCCAUAGCAUAUGCUUUUUUUCAUUUACCGCAUUGGCGUCGUGUUGAAGGAGCACUUAAUUUAUUACAUUGUACAUGGGAAGGAACAUUUCGUAUGAUUCCAUAUCCAUUAGAAAAAGGACAUCUUUUUCAUCCAUAUCCAACGUGUACCGAAGUAGCUGAUAGAGAAUUAUUACCUGCAUUUCAUGAUGUAUCUGUAUUUCCGAAAAAAGAAUUACCAUUUUUUAUUUUAUUUACAGCUGGUUUGUGUUCAGGAACAGCUAUGCUUGCUUUACUUACUCAUCAAUAUCCCGAAAUAGCUGCAUAUAUAGCUCGUCUUUUUCUAACUUGGUUUAGUGUACCGAUACAAUAUUUAACGGACAAAAUCGAAUCGAUUCUACCGUCAAAUCUUUAUCAACAAUUAGCUAAAGUUUAA